AUGAUCGAGGGCGGAGCAAGCUCGGCGUCUGCCCAUCCGCGGGACGCGCCGGCGGCGGCGCUGCUCGAGUCUCUUUGGCGGUCUCGUUCUUGGCACUUUCUUGCAGACGGGCACUUGCUUCUUCCGGGUGCGGCCGCUGUUGAGAGACCCGAAAUCGACGCGGACCGAAAGCGCAGGGAGGCCCCGGCGGAAACCCGCGAGUCCCCCCAGGGCCACGAGGCCCGCAGCUCCCUCCUGCCUCGAUCUCGUGAACCCCCCCUCAAGCUUAGACGAGGGUGUCACGACGACGCCUCGGAUGCUUCCUCUCUUCCUGUAGGCCCCGUGGUGUUUGCGUCUCAGCUCGUGCGUGCUCGACGUGGAGAUGGCGCAUGUGAGACGCGUCGCAGAGGGAGCGAGGCGCGAACUGCUACGUCAUCUUCUUCCCUGCCUUCCUCACACUCCGCGCGAUCUGCGCCUCCAAGCGCAGUCUUCAGAGGGCCUCUCACCCUGCGUGAGCCCUCGCUUCCUGCCCUUACUUCGGCUGUCUCUCCCCUGAGUUCAUCUCCGGUCCUCUGUCCGCACUGUUCGCUCGCGAGUUCUUCUGCUGCCUCCCUCGCCUCGUCCGGCGUUGCUCCUGAAGGCUGCGCCGCCUGCCUCCGCCUUGCAGCCGCGACGCAGGUUGCGUGCUGCCGCUGCAGUGCUCUCUCUGGAGCUCCCUUCUCUCUGCGUCGCUUUGCAUUCAUCGCCCUGGCGCCGGGGAGCCGCGUGCAGCUGCCGGCGCUGCAUGCGCUCCUGGGGCCUUCGCUCAGCCGCGCACAAGCGCGUGCAGGCCUCUGGCAGCCCGCACCCGCCUGCGACCAGGGCAUGCCUAGAGGUGAGCGGACACUGUGCGCAGGCGGAAUGCGGACCCGCGAAAAGCAGAGCGGCCUCCAGCAGUGCGGAGACACCUUGGUCUCUGUAGAGUCGUGCCGCGAAGGCGGCGGAGAUGCUGAAGAGACGCGCGGCUUGUGCGCUUCGUCUGCUGGCGCGGCCCGUGAGUGCGUGAGGGGUGAGUCGCAUCCGGCUCGGAAGCGAAGGGCUCCCGAUGCGGUUCCUUCGCAUUUCGCCGGCACCCGACCCCCUCCUGCGGUUUGUCAUGCAUGCCGUUCGCCACGCGUCGAGCACCGGUCAUCCCAAACUUCGUCCUCGCCCAGCUCGCUGCCUUCUCUGCGUUCUCAUACCCCUUCUUCCCCGUCUCCUCGUUCAGCAGAUUCCGCGUCUUCUUACUUCUCCGCGUCGUCUCGCCGCCGAGGGGCGUCUCCUUGUUCACGUGGUGCCUCGCACUCCACAUGUUUUUCCGCCGUGUCUCGCGACGAGCUCUGCUCCUGGUCUCCGGCCUGUCACUGUCUCGCGUCUGCUGCGUCAGUGGGCGCGGGGGCCGCGGGGCGCUCGUCGGGUUUCGGGGCUUGGCAACUCGCCGUCGGACUCUGUCUGUGGGAGCGAACAGAAGGCGAAAGAGGCUGUUGUGAGGCCUUCCAAGCAGAGGCGCGGCGGUCAGCAGAGCAACAACGGCCUCCGGGGAAGGCUCAGGGGGCGGCGACGAAUGCCGGCGACGGCGAAGGGAGCCUUCCUGCUGAGGCGGAAGGGGAGCGGGAUAGUCCCAACGCCGACCGGAGGGCCUGCAGCGACGCUGGGCGAGACGCGCAACCGGGCAGCGAAGGGACAGCAACGCGCGAGAGGGAGGCCGUGGGUACAGAAGGCAAACAAGAGGCGGUGAGAGUUGGUGAAGGCGAGGCAAGCGAACUGAGGGCACCGUGUGACUACGGACAUUUCGAGCGAUCGGCGGAGGCGCUUGUCGAGUCAGUCUUAGCGAAGUUUAGGGCAGCCGCUCCGUCAGGUGACGGAGGAACUCGGCGUCCGUCGGACAGGGAACGCAUUCUGUACACCUUGCGCCAGGUGAAUUUCAAUGAACUGAUGACGGCAGUGUCGCUAAAGACACUUUAA